AUUCGAGGUGGAGGUGAACAUUUCAAGUACCCAUACACUUUAUUUGCAAAAGUGCAGCAGUUUCCCUUCAAGUUUUACUGGAAGCAUGGACGAUUUUUCCGGUUUUACUUCUACACCGCUGCUCUCCUUCUGCCAUGCUAUGCUUACCUAGGCAAACUCACUAAUGCACCCGCAAAUGUGAAAAAGUGGGAGGAGAUUAGAGCCAAAAGACGCC